GCCGCCGAGGGUCGCCCGGCCAUGGGCAGCCCCUAGCCCCGCUGCAGCACUCAGCGCCGCCCGAUCAAAAAUGACUGUCAAAGCUGUAAAAAUGCCGUGCACCUCUCCAAAUGUUUAUACUAAAGUGCCUGACGGAGGAUGGGGUUGGACAAUUGCUUUUGCUUUCUUCUUUGUGGAAGCUCUAACGUACGGCAUUAUAAAAUCGUUUGGUGUCUUCUUUAAUGACCUGAUGGAAAGCUUUGAUGAAACCAACAGCAGGAUAUCCUGGAUAAUAUCCAUAUGUGUGUUUGUACAGACCUUCACAGCUCCUCUGUCAACGGUCCUCAGCAAUCGCUUCGGUCACCGCUUUGUGGUGAUGGCCGGAGGGGUGCUGAUCAGCACCGGCAUGGUCACUGCCUCCUUCGCCCGCACUGUUGUGGAUAUGUAUGUCACCAUCGGCGUCAUCUCUGGCCUUGGAUACUGCCUCUCUUUCCUCCCGACUGUCACCAUUUUAUCACAGUAUUUUGACAAAAGACGUUCACUGGUCACAGCAGUGGCAUCUACAGGGGAAUGUUUCGCUGUCUUCUCCUUUGCACCAGCAAUUACUGCUUUGAAGGAGCAGAUUGGCUGGAGAUACAGCCUCCUUUCUGUUGGGGUGCUACAGCUAAGCAUCAUCAUCUGCGGAUCACUGCUGCGACCCAUUAUCAUCAAGGAGCAAGAAGAAGUGAAAGCGCAGCCUCCAGAAGAGCCCACGGAGACAAAGUACAUGCUUGAAAACGAGCAAACACGCACCUCAAUAGAGUCCAUAGACUCAGGAGUAGAAAUAACUACCUCACCCAGCAAUGUGCCUGGAAACACCAAAGCAGAGCCGAAAAGUGAAGAACCAAAGGAACACGUACAGAUACUUGUUGAAAAUAACAGCACCCCUCCAGAACCAAAAACCAAACUACUGGACUUCUCUGUGAUGAGAGACUAUAGCUUUAUCUGUUAUGCAUUCUUUGGCCUGUUCGCUACCCUGGGCUUCUUCGCUCCCUCCCUCUACAUCAUUCCCCUGAGCCUCAGCCUUGGCAUCAGCAAAGACCACUCUGCAUACAUACUGUCGGCCAUGGCGAUCGCAGAGGUCUUUGGAAGAAUUUCAGCUGGCUGGGUUCUCAACAAAAAGCCUAUCCGCAAGAUCUACAUCGAACUCAUCUGUGUUGUUCUGCUGUCUGUAGCGUUGUUUGCCUUCCCUUUUGCCUCUGAAUUCUGGGGCUUGAUGACAUGUAGCAUAUUUUUUGGGUUCAUGCUCGGAACGGUAGCGGGCACGCAUAUUCCCCUCCUGGCAGAAGACGACGUGGUUGGCAUCGCAAAGAUGUCUUCUGCAGCUGGAGUCUAUGUCUUCAUUCAAAGCUUAGCUGGGUUGGCUGGACCACCCCUUGCAGGUGUCUUAGUGGAUACGACACAGAACUACAGCUCAGCCUUUUACUCCUGUGCUGCUGGCAUGGUCCUGGGUGCUGUGUUUCUGUCCCUGGUGAGACCAUGCAAGGCUGGGCUGUGCCACCGCCAGCAGCAGCACGCAGAGGAGAGCGCGGCAGAGGUUGUACCAGACUUACCAGAUGACUUUAUUGAAAUGGAUAUUGGAAAAGCAGAAAAUUCAGGAAAAGGCUGUGACAGCGUGGCAUAAAAAAAACCUGUUCCUUCUCCAUCUAAUGUACUCGGCGUAAGACUGGGGAAAACGUCAGCUCUGCUCCACGUUUUAAAACUACAUUCUAAAGGGAAUGUGAAAUUUUAAAUGUGAACAGUUGCUACCAACAACUUUUUUUUUAUUAUUAGAACUUUUUUAACCAACAAUGGAAAGCUCCAUAGAAAAUACGGAUAGCCACAUAAAAAUAACUUCUGUCUAGCAUGAAGACGUGAUGCACACUCCUGCUUUCCUGAUAACAAGCAUAGAUAAAGGUUCGACUGAUCCCAGAAAAACUGAGAACAGCAACAGCAGAAGCAGCUCAGCCUCUGACUGUCCUCACCCAUCCCCUACCGCAAAUUCCACGCAGACAAGAAACCGAUGAUAUGAACUGGAGACGAGCAUUUCGUACACCACCAGUAGCCAACUGAAUCUUCUUCUGGAAGACUAUGGACUUACGUUUUAGAUUUGAGGAGGACACUAGGCUUGAUAGCUGACUUAAACCAUUGCUAAUGUUCUUCUAAUUAACUUGAACGUCACAAAUGCUGGGAAAUCGGAGGCUCCGUAUGUCUUUAUGGCCAGUUAUUACUGCACAUAUUUCACAAGAUCAUUUUUCUUCUCCCAAUCGGUAUCCUUAGAACUGUUUUCUAUUGAUAGUCAGAUCUGAUGUACUGUUUCUAAUUUAACUAGUAUUUAUUAAUUUAUUCUGAGAUUGUUAAAGGAGAUUAGCUUAAAUAACUGGAGAGGAAAAAUCAUCUUUUGUGUAAUGGAAAGCUGUCUUUACAUCAAUCUUUUCAAUACCUAUCUUGUAUUGCUAGCUUGUGAAAUUGUUGGGAAACUUACUCUUACAGCAUAGAGUGUAGCUGUUUUUAAUAGGUAGGUCUUAAGUAACCCAAUUGUUA